AUUGAGUGGUUCGAACUCUAGAACUCAAGUAACGUAGGCCUAGGUCUGGAGAGGACCGUUCCCUUACAUCUUAGAUGAAUGGAUGGUAGGCCACACAUGGGGUUUCUCUUUCAUGUCUCAUGCUCCUCUCAUAUUAAUCGCUUCAUUCCAACUCUAAUCUUUUGCCUCCACCAUAUCAGUAAAACUCUGAUUUUCAAUGGACUCAUCAAUGGAUCACUCAAACCUUCAAUACAAUUCGUCUCACAGCUUAUCUAGCCCCACAUGUACCAAACCACUGUGCUUCUUCUGCAACAUGGACGAGUCAGACCCAUCUCGCAGAAGAUCCAAAAUUGCUCAAAGCUUCAAAGAAUUACCUCUCAGAGACGACAAAGAAAACGUUUUGGUCUUAAAUGGGCUAUGGAAAAUUGCCAUGACCCUACCCGAUGACCCAGAAUUCCCUUCUCUCGGCAUCUUCGAAUGCAUGGCUAAACUGAUCCACAAAGGCAUCACUGACCAAGAUUGGCUUCUGAAAGACCAGAACAUCUAUAUCCCUUACUAUGCUGCCCAUAUAAUUGGUUCGUAUGUGAUGAACAGGGUUGAAUUCGUGGAGAAAGCUGUGAAAUCAGGCGUGAUUUUCCCUCUGACGGAGCUUUUGAGAGGAAAAAUUAGCUGGGUAGAGCAAAGGGUAGCCGUUCGCGCUCUUGGUCACAUAGCUAGCCAUGAAAAAACUUUUGAAGCCAUUGCUUCUCAGUAUGAAGCAGAGAUGAUAGAAUUGACAAUGAAUAUAUCUUGCAAUUGCAUUGAAGGGAUUUAUAGGGAGUUUGUUGUAAUUAGGGAGUCAAACAGAGUGAAGUAUCAUUGCGAUUUGCUCACAAGGGGUCGUGGUGGGUUAGAGACAGAGAACACAAAGGCAGAGGAGUGGGCAAGCCAAUUACAAUGCUGGUCUCUUUACCUCAUAAACUGCUUUGCCUGCAAAGAGAGAUCACUAAACCUAAUCUGCAAGAAGCUGUUCAUGGAGGACUUGUGUGGAAUUUGGGGAGGUGUAGGAACUCAAGCAUCGCUGGCUGGAUUAGGACUCCUGAGAACACUCUGUAAUUACAAAACUGGAAGAGAAACUAUAGCAAAUUCAAAAUUUGUAAUACAGAGUCUUUGCAAUCGAGCAAGAUCGUCAGAUGAUUGGCAAUAUAUGGCAAUUGAUUGUCUUCUUCUUCUUCUUAAAGACACUGAUACAAGAUUCAAAGUUAUUGACGAUGCAGCUUCAUCUCUUGCUGACUUAACUGAGCUUCAAGUUCUUGCUCGAAGAAACAGAGUAGGAGAAACAAUCACUCAAACACUCUUACAAGAUUACCACAAAAUCAAAUAUGGGAAUCUGAAGUUGGAGUCCAAAAGAGCCGAAAAUGCAUUAAAGGGUGUAUGGGAUUUGAAGGUAGAGAGAAGAAAGAGAGAGAAGCUAAUGUCUGAACAAGAAUUGAAGCAGAGAAAAGUCGAUUCAAGGACAUUGAAAAGGCAAGGGAACCAGAAGUUCUGGUCUGGUCACGUUGCGAAGGCAGUGAUCAAAUACUCAAAAGCAUUGGCAGUUUGUCCAUUAAGACUGAUCAAAGAGAGGAUUGUUCUGUAUAGCAACAGGGCUCAGUGUUAUUUACUGCUGAAUAAUCCUGAUUCUGCCAUUAGUGACACAACUAGAGCUUUGUGCUUAUCAAGUGCAACGAGUAUUCCUCACAGUAAGAGCCUGUGGAGAAGGUCACAGGCUUAUGAUAUGAAGGGUUUGGCUAAAGAAAGCUUGAUUGAUUGCUUCAUGUUUAUCAAUGGCCGCAUGAAAGCUGAAGAUACGAAGCAUGUCAGCAUCAUCCCGAACUAUGCCGCACGUAUGAUGAAGAAGCAAAUGGAUGCCACGUGGAUUUUUGCAGUUGCCAAGUCAAGGUUAUGUUGCGGACAUCAAGAAGUAGUAAAAUCAGACGGACGAGAGGAGUCGGGGAUGAUGAUGACGACCAAGGUCAAAGAAAAGGGAAGGGGAGUGUAUUGGAAAAGAAUGGAGGAGAAGAAAGGUCGUCGAAGGGCCAAAAAGGAGGAAAAGAAGUGUGGACCAACUGCGGAAAUACACGUGUCGUGAUGAUAAUGGAGGCCUGAUGUCGUCAUUUUCUGAAUUUCUUUUUUUUAUUUUUACUGUUCGCACUUCGCACACGCCUUCUACGGACAAGAACUUCUUGUUAACCACAUAUUCUCUUUCUUAGUA